GCCGAAGAGCCAACGUCCAAUCGGGUGCCGAUGCCUUGGAUUCGAAAAUUCCUAACGAUUUUUUUCGGUUUGAAAUGGUUGUUGCGAGAGGCACGGUCGUGUGGUAUGGUGUCUGUUACUCCAUGCAAGAAGACCAUUUUCAACAACACUGAAAUGGACAGAGAACAGAAAACAGCCUGGAAAUCAGUACCUCUUCAUCAGAUUCCAAACGGUACCCCAUUAAAAGAGUUACAUAAACUUCCAUGUGUUUCAGCAAGUAUCCAACAAAAGAAUACCAACCUGAAACCUCCAGACACAUUCCCUAUAAUCUCAUUAAAAGCUAAGAAAAAUCAUCAAGUAACUCGUCAACUUCAAUCCACAGUCCUGGAAAAUGAGGGAAUGUUUCAUGUAAUUCCUCCUGAUACACUUUUUGAAUCAAAAUCUAUUGUGGAAUUAAACCAGAGUUACGUCAAAUCUCAUUUAAAUCCGAUUGGAUCUACAUUGAUCAAACAAAUAGUCUCUGAGAGUCCUGCCAAAAUGUUCCAAAAAAUGAAAGACAAACUUCACUGUGAUCAUCUUCAGAUAACUGAAAAUCACCAUCUUCAAACCCCCCCAAAAAAAUCUUUUGGUUUGAAUGGGGCUGUUGCAUCUGUGAAUGGACGUGUAAUAGAAAACACAUUUUCAGUCCCAACUCUGCCAGUUGGUUGCCAGUCUUCACCAAAGAAGGACCAUGCUCCUGUGAUGCAACAAUCCCCAGCCAAAAUCUUUUUACAAAUGAAACAAGGCAAUCAGUGUGCAUCAUUGGCUUCAGUUAAACUUUCAGAGUAUAAAGUGGGAUUCCUGCACAGUAAUCAACAUGGAGCAACGUUUUCAAUAUCAAGCAUGUCAAAUAAACAGCCCACAGAAAGUAUAGAAGCUCCGCAGAAGAGCACAAGGAUAUCAAGUGUUGAUAACACUGUCAAAAAAACUGAAAAUUGGAAUGCUACUUAUUUGAAAGAGGAUACUGAUAAUGGCAAUGAGGGAGACAAUGAAAUGUCUCAGGAUGUGGGACUAAACUCAGUUUCUACUGACAACCAGACCAACUGUAAAAGAAGUGCAAUCCAGGACUUCACAGAUGUGAGAGCUUCCUCCUUGCAAAAGAUUGUCCAUCCAGAUAGUGAAAAAAUGCAAACAAGGUCGAAGCAUUCCGAAAAAGAAAAUAAUGAUAUUCAAGAGUGUAAGAAUUUAUGUAACAUCUUGCUGACAUCACCAAAAAUCAAUAUACCAAGAAGACAAGAAGUAGCAGAAUCAAAACCUGAGGAUGUUGAUGGUCUGAAAACUAAAACGGAGAAAAGGAUUACUCUCACCAAAUGGAUCAUCCAACAGAUAAAAGGCAGCAAUGAGAUUUGUGUAGAAGGAAAAAGAGAUACUGAUGGAGUAUACUGGCAUAGUAAUGUAAUUGCUGAACGAAUUAAACAAACGGAAGUGAAAUCUAUCACUGGUUCAAUUUAUGUUCUGAAAGGACCAUUGGAUUAUGUUGCAAUGAAGAACCAAGGAUUCUCUAAUUCCAUUUUAAAACACUUCUUUUUGGGUUUUCCAUUGGAUUGGAAGGAGUAUGUUGAAGAAUUCUUUAAAAGGAGGGAAAAAGGUUGUCAUUCAAACACAAGAGGGACUAAAGAUGCCAGUAUUCAAAAGUUGCCUUCAGUGAAAUCCAGAAAUUUACAAGAUGAUGCAGUCUUAUCACAUGAUAUAGCUAAGACUCAAUUGACAGCAAAGAAAAAGCGAACAAAAGAGUCAAAAAUUGAUAAUGAGAUUACAAUUUCCACUGAAACAUCAAUACAAAGAUGUACACUGACCAGCCGUAGUGGUCGUUGCAUUAAAGCACCAUUGGAGUACUGGAGGGGACAACGAUUAGUUAUUGAUAAUACAUUGAACGUUACUAUCAAUGAGGGUGGAACCGAUUACUUGAAUACCAGUGCUCAAAACAAUGUAGAGAAAACAAAUGUUAGAGAUGGAAAUUAUUUGAGGACCUCAAAUCAACAGAGAAAACGAAAAUCAUCAACAGAAGACCUGAAUAAAAAGCGAAAGAGAUAUCCAGUUCUGAAGAUGGAAAGAGGGUCCAAACACAGAAAAAAGGGAAGUGAAAAGUCUAACAACCAACCGGUGAAAUGUAUUACAAGAAAUCAAACACGCAAACAGUUGUCAAGAGAGGCUGCUUCAAGCACAGGUGGAAGUUCAUUGAAUACAACAACAGGAAAACCUACUGAUAGAAAAUAUGGUGACCUAAACCCAACUGUUGUUAUGACUCCAAUUUGUGAUCCUCGUGCAUUAAGCAACAAAACAGUAAAAUUAAAUGAAUUAUACGAUGCUAAUAUGAAAAGAAAGAAAGGAAAGACUUUGGCCAUUGUGAAAAUGGUCAAUCCAGCGGAAAUAGAGGAUACGAGUGACAGUGAUAUUUUUGAAAACAAGUCAAAUCGGAGAUGCAGGAAAGCGAAACACCCUUAUGAGUUAAGAAAUAGAAGAAUAAAGUCAAGUGGUUUGUCAGAUAAUGCUGAAAGCAAAAGAAACAAAGAAAGAAAUAUGUAUGUAGCAGAAGUAAGCAAUUCAUCUGCAAUAGAGGAUACAAAUGAUACUGAUAAUUUGGAAGACAAAUCUAAUUGGAAACCCAUGAAAGUGAAACAGCAUGACUCUUACAAAUUAAGAAAAAGAACAAUAAAAUCAAGUGGUUUGUUAGGUAAUGCUGAAAGCAAAAGGAACAAAGAAAGAAAUAUGUCUGUUGCAGAAAUGAGUAGUUUAUCUGAAAUAAAAGAUACAAAUGACAAUGACAAUUUUGAGGACCAGUCUGAUGGACCCACAGAAUUGAAACAUUCUUCACCGUCAAUCAAAAAACUUGUUGAAUCAAGACAAUCAGAAGAUGAAAGUUUGGAGACUAGUGAGAGUGUCAAGAUUAAGAUUAAAAGGAAAGUGAGAAGUGCAAACGACAAAAGGUGUAUCAGUAAACGAAAUCAAAUAGCAGUAAAUAAGCAUAUAAUUUCAACUACGUGCAAUUCUGAAUGUACUAAUAGCAUAGAACCCCAGUCUGAAACACCCUUAGUUCAGCUUAAACAUGUCUCUCCAAUGAUUACUAAAGAUUGUAUUUUGUCUGAGACAUUGACAUCAUCCAGCUCUAUUCCAAUCAACAAGGAGAUCAGAAAAAAUAAUACUGAGGAACUUAGUUCAGAUAACUUCUGUAGUCCUAGAAGACAGAAAGUCACUCGUGUUCAAAAGUUUCAAACCCCCUUUCGUCCAAAAACUGACAGGCAGAAGAAAGGAUUACAUAAUGGCUAUGCCGAUGUGACUACUACAACUCGAUCAAAAUACUCUUCAAAACUAAAUGCCAAGGUUCAAAAAUCUCUUUCACAUCCAAUAAAGGAAUCAGAAUUAAGUCACCAUAAUGUUGGAACCAGUGCAUUAAAGUGCAACCAACACUCUUCACAAAGAGAAACUAAGAAUCAAUUCAAUAGAUUCUUGUCAUCAGAUGUUUCAGAAACUGAAAUAAAUAAGACUGAUGUUAUUGUAAAAGAAAAAACAAAACUUCCAAAUAAAAAGACUGUACCUAGAAAAUUAUUGGCUACAGACGUUCACCCUGAAUCAAAUUCUAGGUCUAAUCAGAAAAAGCAAGCAAAACAGUUCAUAGCCUUGCACUCUCUUGAUAGUGAAACAGAACUCUGGACCAAGAAAGAACUACGUUGCCUACACAGAACUGUUUCAGCAUUACCAAAAAAUAAGCAUGGUUUCUGGGAAGAGGUUGCUGCAUCUGUUGGAACACAUUCUGCUGAGGCUUGCCAGCAAAAGUACCUAUCUGACCAUCAACUGAAAUUGUCCAAAAGGCCUAAUGUAAAGCAAAAGAAAAAUUCUACCAGUAAUAAAAAUAAGCAAGAAGAGCCUGUGAAAAUUAUUGCUCGUGUUGGAACACUGAAGAGAAAACAACAAGUAAGGUCCUUCCUGGAACAUUUGCCAAAGGAAGACCAUGAAGACCUUUUCAGUGAUACAGUAUUCCAGCAAAAACAAAUAAAGCUUCCCAGCUUUCCAAGCAGUCAAGAGGACGAUGAUGAUGACGACUUCAUGCUUCAGACAAAUCCAACUACUCCAACUUCAGUAAUCUUUCCUUUAGCAAAAACGCCACAGUGGAAUCACAUCAGUCCUCGCAUGUUGGGACCUACUAAUAGUGCUAAUAAUGAUAAAUAUGUUUUUCAACUGCAAAAAAAAUGCAAGAUGAAGAAUUGGUCCAAAGUCUCUAAAAGAUCGAAACCUGAACUUUGUAUGUCACCAACUAGAUCAAAAUCACCACAUUUAAUCGAAGGUGCACAGAAAUCUAACAUAGGAAAAAUAUUCAAGAAUAGAGAAGAUGCUCAAUCAGAUGAUGACACAGAGGAUGAAGAUUACUAUUUUUCAGUUACUGAAUAGCUUUUAAUUUAUAAUAAAACUAAACUUCCUGAAAUUGAAGUACUUAAUUUGCAUCUAUAAAGACUGAACAGUCUUGGUGAAUUUGGAUGCUGGAAUUACAUUUGUCAUCCAGUUAAAUAUUUUAAACGUUCAGGUUGUUUUUGUUAAUGGUUUUAAAUGCAUGGAAAAUGUACAUACAUGUAUAAAAUAUAUACAGCAAGUUUUUAAGUGUUUUGUAAUGAGUUUAUAUUAUAAAUGAAAUGAUAUUGAUUCCGAUUUAAACUUGACAGUUCCUCAGCCUGUGUUUAAUUCCUGUUGUCUACAGUGAUGAUUUUUAGUUUAUUGCCUGAGCAUUUUAUAAAUGUGCUUGCACUUUUCAUGCUGUGUGAGAAAAUGGAGGCCUCUAAACAUUAUGAUGCAUUAUAUGAUGAGUAAUUGCUUUACAAUAUAUACAAGUUUUACAGCUUGAUCCUUUUUUUUCACAUUUAAAAGGAGAGAAACAUUUUGGGCAAUAUUCUAAAAGCAAUUCUCUUGAUUAUGAAAGGGGGAAAUUAGCCAGGCCAUUCACUCCUGUUCUUAACCCAGUGACUCCACAAGAGUGCAGAUUAUGGAGGAAUUGUGUUAUGGAUGCUAGUGGAGGAUAUAGUCAGAUUUAAUGCCCAUGUGGAAAAAGUUGUCUGCCGACAUACUUCACACCCACUCGCCAUGCUGCUAGGUUUUGGGUAAAUUAAAAGCACAACAGCAUGUUGCAGAAACAGUUUGCAUUUCUUCUAAGAGCAGCCUGAACCCAUUUCCAAAAAGAAAGCAACAAGUAUCACAUUUAACUAAUGCAACCAGUUGAGUUGAGGAUGCACUAAUUUUUUUUUAAAUUCCAUAUUCAUUCUUAAUGGGAAAAAUAAGUCAUUAAAUUAUAAAGUUUUCAUUUGUUUAAUAAUUUUUAUCCAGUGUCUCUUUAUAUAAAAGUUACAAUUAACUGAACACUUCAAGGAGGAUGUUAACUGAGACAUAAAUUCCUUACUAAUUCCUGCAAAUUAAAAUGGAAGCAGUUGGUGAGGUGGUUACUAAAAUGAUUUACUGGUUAAGAAAUUUAAACAGGCUGCACUUUGCAUAACAUCUAUUAACAGUGCCCAAUAUGAUUUUAAAAUGUCACAAGCCCUAAACAUUGUGAACCACUAUGGUAGAGCAUGAGAUAAGUACUUUUCCACUCACUCAGUUUAUUUCAUUUUACUUUCACAGCAGCACCAAACAAUUGGUAUAUGAAUGUUCAUAAGAUGACUGCUGUUGUGCCUUCCCCGAUCAGUUCCUGACUGGGAUUAAAGGUGAUUGAGUCUAUCCUUGCCAGUAAGCAUAGCUAGAUGUAGGAAAGGGAGAGGGUUUUGAUUAUUUUUUAAAAUAUUAUGAAUAAAGAAUGUCAUAAAUUUCUCAAGGCUAGUUGUAUAUAGUUCAUCUGGCCAUACAGAUUUGCCUCCAAUAGUUAAUUUCGAUAAUCCAAAUUCACAAUAAAGCAGUUCAAAUUAAUUUUUAAAAAGGUCUUGUAUUUAGGUUUUGCUAAGCUCCACAUUAAAAUACACAAAUUAAGAUUAUUUACAUUUUGCAGCUAGACUUUAAAGUAGUGUAUGUAAAUUUCACCUGCCAAUGUAAGUACAUUUCCUGCAUAUUAGGCAGUCUGAACUCGCUUGUCUAAUCAAGCUUGUUCAAUCCAGAGUCCGCGUAUAAAAAUGUGCAACUUAAUUGACUUGACAACACAUUCAAAAUACACAUGCUGGCCUGGGAUUGACUGAUGCCUCCAAAGGGAGCAGAGAAAAUAUCUGUUGAAUAGAAUUGCAGAUUAGAAAUAGAAAUGUUACUACAUCUUUUUCCACCUUGGAUAAUAAAUGAGAAACUAAUAUUACUUUAGAGAGCUGGUUAUGGGAAUGCGUAAUCAAAUAGUCAUAUCAUGAUGAAGCAUCUGAAUUUUUAAAAUAGGCAUUCAUCUCAGUUUUAUUUAAUUUCAAGCAGUUAGGAUUUAAGAUUUUCUUUUUAUGUAAAUAUAAGUGACAAGAAUCUCUUAACCACAUGCACCAGGUUCCUAAUCACAAAUUAAAUAAAUAUUUUCUUCUGACAGCAGCUUUUUUGAAAUGUUAGUUAACAUUCUGUACUUUCUAACUUCCGUGUGAGCUGAUGACUGGUCUGAGAGAAAUGUGCAGAAGAAAUGUCAAUUAGUGCAGGCCCUUAUUCCAAUCUCAACCAAGAUAUGAAGACUUGACAUUUAAUUGCUUAAUAACUGCAGAAAAAAAAUGGCUCUGCAUGGAAGUUGUUUCAUAACUUUGAUGGUUCCAACUGCUAGUUUUAAGUUCUGACCAUACCCCCAUAGCUAUCAUCUCAUCUCGAAAGACUUAGAAAACUUAAAAAUUCUUCUGAUUGGUCAGAAGGGAUGGUCACAUUUCAAGCACCUGUUUGAAAAGUCAACUUUCUCUAAGGGAUCUAUUAGCCCAAACAGAUUGUUCUUAAAAAUACUGUUUUUAAUAGAUUUCCUGUAUCUUUGUGUAUUUCUGUAAAUAAAUGUAGAGCAAAGUA